AUGCUGAUUUUCCUCAACAUGGACCUCAGUGGUGCAACGUCCCAAAUCCUACAGGACUGGAACAUCCCCGAACAGCUCCACUCCUCGGGCUCCUCUCCAGAGUCCAAUUCCUUCUCCUCUGUGGACUCCGUGUGCUCCUCGCCGGAGAUGUUCUACUACGGAGGCCACCGGGAGCUCGUCUCCGGGUCUCCACGGCGAGGUCCCUGCACCGGCUCCAAGGCGCAUGGCAAGGCUAAGAUGUCCACCAAGAGGCGCGUAAAAGCGAGCGAGAGGGAGAAGAUGAGGAUGAGGAGUCUGGCCGAGGCUCUGCACCAGCUCCGGGAGUACCUGCCGCCGGAUUACACCAAGAGGGGCCAGCCUCUGACCAAAAUACAAACCCUCAAGUACACCAUCGAGUACAUCAACAAGCUCUCGGACAUUCUGAGCCAUGCGUAA